AUGUGGUUCACGCGCGGCUUCUCCCUCACAAACUUCGUCAUUGGGACCUCGGCUCUCAGCUUCCAAGUCCUUGUCCUGUACCCGUGGCACGAGCAGCUGGACGAGGAAUUCAAGGAGUUGAGGAGAGAACACGCAAGACUCCUGGAUGAAACGCACAAGCAGCAUGGUCUGGAGUUGAGGAGGAUAAGAGAGCAGUUGGAGGAGUUGAAGGAUCAGAAGCAAGGGAGAUGGUGGCGGUGA